AUGCCGUCCACACAUAAGAAGGAAAAGCCGUGGGAUACCGACGAUAUCGACAAAUGGAAGAUAGAAGAAUUCAAACCCGACGAUAAUGCCGGCGGUACCUUCGCAGAAGAAUCCUCUUUUGCCACCCUCUUCCCCAAAUACCGCGAAAUCUACCUUCGUGAAGCAUGGCCACUCAUCACGCGUUCCCUCGAGAAGUACGGCAUCGCAUGCUCACUCGACUUGGUAGAGGGAUCCAUGACGGUUAAGACCACACGAAAAACCUUCGAUCCCGCCGCCGUCCUCAAUGCGCGCGACUUGAUCAAGCUGCUCGCACGUAGUGUACCCGCUCCCCAAGCUGUCAAAAUAUUAGAAGACGGCAUGGCGUGCGACAUAAUCAAGAUCCGGAACCUGGUGCGCAAUAAAGAGAAGUUCGUCAAGCGGAGACAGCGCAUCCUGGGCCCGAACGGCAGCACCCUGAAGGCGUUGGAGCUCCUCACGGAAUGCUAUCUGCUGGUGCAGGGGAACACAGUGGCCGCCAUGGGACCGUAUAAGGGAUUGAAGGAGGUGCGCCGCAUUAUCGAGGACUGUAUGAAUAACAUCCACCCGAUCUACCACAUCAAGGAGCUCAUGAUCAAGCGUGAGCUUGCCAAGGAUCCUGAACUGGCUGGCGAAUCCUGGGACCGCUUCCUACCGCAUUUCAAAAAGCGCAAUUUGAGUAAGAGACGGGUGCCGCUUAAGGUUACGGAUAAGAGCAAGAAGGUGUACACGCCGUUUCCACCUAAGCAGGAGGAGAGCAAGAUUGAUAAGCAGCUUGAGAGUGGAGAGUACUUUAUGGGCAAGAUGGCCAGGGAGAGGGCACAGAGAGAGGAACGGAUGGAGAAGCAGAAAGAGAAGAAAGCUGAGAAGUUGAAAGAAAGGGAGAAGGAGUUCAAGGCGCCGAAGGAGGAUUGCGAGAAAAAAGAGAAGAAGAAGAGAAAACGGGACAGGGAGGAGGGGGAAGAUGGGGAAGUCAAGAAGGAUAAAAAGAAGAAGAAGAAAAGAAAGGAUGUGGAUAUCGAGGUUGAGGAAGAAUAG